GGAAGUGGCUUGCUGAGGAGACGCUGUGGGCGCGGGUUUGGAAAUGGGCUGCGGGCUUCGCCCGCGGCGGGGCUGCGCGGCGCUCCCCUGACCGCGACUCGCUCUCCCGCUCGGUGUCCCCGCGCUGGCCUCCCGGCCGGCCGGGCCCGCAGCACGGGGAUGGGCCCCGCGGCCCCGACUGGACCGCGGCGCUGAGCGGCGCCCAUUUCCCGGGCGUCGCCGUCGUGCUUGGGCGGGAGCCGAAGGCCGUGCCCAGCCUCUGCCUCGGAGGACUGAGCCGUCGGGGGGGAAAUGGCUUUUUUCCCUAAGAUAGCGCUGAGGCUUGAGGUCGAAAACUACCUCAGAGCCAGCUUUGUGAAUCCGGAGGUUAUAGCAGCUGGAGGUAAAGAUGAAGCAGAAAGGAAGUUUGAAACUCUGUUAAAGCACUUGUCACACCCGCCAUCAUUCACAACUGUCAGAAUAAAUACACACUUAGCCUCAGUACAAUAUGUGAAAAAUUUGUUGCUUGAUGAACUCCAUAAGCAAUAUAAUGGAUUAAGUGUUCCUGUUCUUCAACAUCCAGACCUUCAGGAUGUUCUCCUUAUUCCUGUCAUUGGACCUAGGAAGAACAUUAAGAAACAACCAUGUGAAGCUGUGGUCGGUGCCCAGUGUGGCAAUGCAGUGCUGAGAGGUGCCCACGUCUAUGUGCCAGGAGUUGUGUCAGCCUCAGCAUUUAUGAAAGCUGGAGAUAUUAUUUCCGUGUACUCUGAUAUUAAAGGCAAAUGUAAAAAAGGAGCCAAAGAAUUUGAUGGAACCAAAGUAUUUCUUGGAAAUGGUGUUUCUGAACUAAGCCGCAGAGAAAUCUUCAGUGGGCUUCCCGAACUAAAAGGUGUAGGCAUAAGAAUGACGGAUCCCGUGUACCGCAGCCCUUCCUUUGACAGUGUCCUGCCCGGCUAUGUGUUUUUACAAAAUUUGCCAUCUGCUGUUGUAACUCAUGUUUUGGAUCCUCAACCUGGAGAGAAGAUUCUGGAUUUGUGUGCAGCACCUGGAGGCAAAACAACACACAUUGCCACGCUAAUGCGUGAUGAGGGAAAAGUGAUAGCACUGGAUAAGAUAUCUAACAAAGUGGACAAAAUAAAGCAAAAUGCUGUAUUGUUGGGGCUAAAUUCCAUUAGAGCAUUUUGCUUUGAUGGAACAAAGGCACUUAAACAUGAUAUGGUUAAGGACACAGAAGAAGAACCUCCAUUUUCACCAGAAUCCUUUGACCGGAUUCUUCUUGAUGCACCCUGCAGUGGCCUCGGACAAAGACCAAACAUGGCUUAUACUUGGACUUUAAAGGAGGUGACUUCGUAUCCGCCAUUACAGAGAAAGCUUUUUACAGUGGCCGUUCAGCUGCUGAAACCAGGGGGCGUGCUGGUCUAUAGCACAUGCACUAUCACCCUGGCAGAGAACGAGGAGCAAGUUGCCUGGGCCCUCGCCAAGUUUCCUUGCCUUCAGCUUCAGCCUCAGGAGCCACAGCUCGGAGGCGCAGGAAUGAUGGGAGCUGGACUGUCAUCCGAACACUUGAAACAGCUGCAGCGAUUUGAUCCCUCUGCUGUGCCAUUGCAGGACACUGACAUCGAGUCUCUCGGGGAGGCCAGCCGGGACGACCUGAUCCGACUGGCAAAUAAGGACUGCAUAGGCUUUUUUAUUGCAAAAUUCCUAAAAUGUGAAAGCUCAGAGGAGGCUUAGGAAACAUCAUCUGUGGGUUUGUUAGGGUUUCUUGUGUGGCUGUGUUUGUUUUGGAGCCACACCUGGCUCUGUGCUCAGAGAUCACUCCUGGCGGGGUUUGGGCCAUCAUAUGGGAUGCCAGGAAUCGAACCCAGGUUAGCCAUGUGCAAGGCAAGUGCUAACACUUUCACUUCAGCCCUGUUUUUUGUUUGUUUGUUUGUUU